AUGGCCUGGGGGAACCACAUUAUUGUGAGCGCAAACAUCAAGCCCGAUACGUCGGACUUUGGUGGUUCGCUGGAUUUCGGCCAGCAAAAAUUCCAGAACAAAUUAUUUGAGAAGGACAAGCAUGCGUUCAACGCCAUCUUUCAUCAUGUGUUUCAAGACAAGAUCAAACAGCAUGCGGACUUCACUCUAGCAUCACCACACAUAUAG